AUGACAGCUCACUUCCUCCUGCAGGGGAGUCUCCACAUCUGUCUCUAUGCUGCACCUGGAGGAUCGGGGGCAGAUGGAGGACGUCCACAAGGCCACCUGCAGAAAGAGAAGAAACUGAAGGUGCCAAUGAGAGUUAAAAUUUUCUUCCGGCCACAAAAGGAAAGAGAGUCAAAUCGAAAUGCUGGUGUUGUUGAUAAGGAACUUCUAGAUGCCAAGCUGUCUCCAAGGCCCAUAAGAGAUGUGCCAAUAGAGGAAUCAGCUCUGGGAGGAAAGGGUUCAAAGCCUCUGAGUCAGAGGAGGCGGCUUGUUUUGAAGCCGACGCAGCAAGGGGCUCUGCACGCAUUGUUCCAGUGGAACCCAUACCCGGGCAUCGCCACCAGAGAACGACUGGCCCAAGAGCUAGACAUUCCAGAAUCCAGAAUCCAGGUGUGGUUCCAGAACCAGCGCACGAGACAGCUAAGGCAGAGCCAACCGGGGUCUGCCAAAUCCCAAGGGGAAGGGUCACCACAUGGACAGGAACAGCCUCCAGCUUGGACUCAAGGUAACUCCCCAGCAUUUAAAACGGGUCCCUUCUUGAUCUUCUCCUUGACACAGGAACGGGUUUGCAUGUGCUUGCCAUGUGUUUGGCAAGAAGGCUUAACAGAGGAACCCAUAGCCACUGGUUCCAGCCGCCUUUCUGUUCCCAGAGAUGGACACUGUGCAUGCACCACCUGUUGGGCGGGUGCGUUGUUUCUGGGCAAGAAAGGCUUUGAAUCAUCUUGUCCUGAAACUGUAGGAAGGACAGAGUCCUCUUCUGGGGUCACCUCAGAACUUAGAUCCAAGCACUGGAUUGUGUGGCAGCAGGAACAUCCUACUGCAGGGCUAUCUGCUGCGCUCAACCCACAGCACCAACCCUCUGCAGAAACCUCAGGAUUUUUAGAGGAACUUUUCUCAGCUGCAGAGAUUGAAGAAGACACACACCCUAUUCUCAGUGGGCGUUUGACACAAAAAGAUGCUCUGGGACCCCUGGAAGCACCCCUCAGCGAGGAGGAGUUUCACGCCCUGCUGGCGAUGCUGCAUGACUCCACAUGGCCUCAUGCCUAG